AUGACUAACACCACAUAUUUAUCAUCUGGUGUUCGAGAAUUAUUAUUGAGUGUAUCGUCAGUGACAAAUUAUAAAGAGAAUGAUCAAGAUCAAUUAUCAAUCGAGAAGAUUCGACAAUGUUUAAGUGUCGAAGAAAUGGGAAUUAAUUAUCUAGAAUCUGUUCGUCGAUUGGAUGUGAAAAUAUUAUCUGAAAUUGAAUUUAUGUUUAAUAAAAUGACUAUUGAACAAUUUCAAUCUUAUUAUGAUAAUGAUUAUUAUUGUGGAUGGUUAAAAAAUAGAAAAGAUUUAUUUCGAACGUUUAGUUUUUUAAAAAAUAAUGAAAUUCAUUUAGCAACAUUUCUUUUAACUUGUUUUACUGAACGAAAUCUUGGCAACUUACUUUUAUUACAAACAAAUACUGUUCCAAAUCUUCUAAGACAAAUUGUUGAAUCUUCAAGUCUUUGUACAAUUCUUGGCUCAGAUUUAACUCUACUCUUACAAUUAUUAAUUGGUAGUCCUAAAUCGAUCAAUUUGCGUAAUGUCUAUUGGCAUGGAUUUGUUCAAUAUAAUGAAGUUUCACCGAAAUUUAUUUAUCUUCUGUUAUAUCUUAUUUUACAAAUUGGACCAAUUCUUAACGGAAAAAUUAUACCUGAACGACAAUUCGUUUCAUUUGAUCGUUUUAUAAAUCAUUCUUUUCUUCCUACAGAUAUCUGUUGUCCAAAUGCAGAUACAGCGAUUAAAUUAAUUCAAAAUAGUCAUUUAAUAGAUAACGGUUACAAACCAUCAUUAAUAUCAAGUAUUGAUUAUUUCUUUUAUCGAAAUGAAUACGGCUUAAGUAUGAUGCUUCUAUUACCUGUAUUCGAAUAUCUAUUACGAAAAUUAUUUGUUAAUGCUAAUAAUUGUCCAGAACGCUUGUUAACAGCUGAAGCUACCACAUUAUAUACUACUUUAGAUGAAAUAUUAACUUGUUGUUUACCAGAUGGUUCACCAAAUCGUCUUUGUGAUGAACUUGGUCGAGGUUAUAUGAGUCUUUUAGGUGAUUUAAUUACAUUUCCGGAUGGUGUUUGUCUUCGAUCAAAGUUAAGCCAUGGUGAAACUGAUUAUGAAUGUCUUCCGCGAUCAAUUUCUGAUGCUCAACUAGGCCUUUUAUUUACAUUACUCUAUCGUUAUGAUAAAUAUAAAUUGGAUAAAUAUGGACAAAGUCUACUUGAUUAUAUAAAUAAUUAUAAAGUUCAUUAUCAUCCUAUUACUAUUGCCAGAAAUCAGAUUCUUCAAUGUAUUAUUGAAUUUAAACAAAUGCCUGAUCGUUCUACAUUAACCGAAGAAGAAGAAACUGAAACAACUGAUUUUCCAAUUCAAUUAACUGAUUUUUGGCGAUUAUUUAUUACUCCGAAUAAAUUGUCUUUAUUUAAUAAUAUAUCAUUAGAAACAAUAGACACAUUAUUAAAUGAAGACAAUAUAAAUCUUAUUAAUCGAUAUUGUACUUGUAAAGUAAGUGAUAUUAUCGAAUGA